GUACAUAUCUAAAAAUUUCAUAUCAUAAACCCUAAAAAGAAAAAAGAAAAAAAACUCUGCUCCUCCAUUGCAUUUUUUAGGCUGUCAACCGGUCGGUUUCGGUUUAACCGAAAACCCGAUUAUCGUUUAAACCGAGCCACCCUACACACCUGCCGACCACCAACCGUGAGAGUGGUCACGGUUAGCCGGCCAACCGACCGGUCGGUUUCGGUUUUAGGCUCGGUUAGCCGACCAACAGGAAAUUACCUUUUCUUAAAAAAAAAUUAAAAAUAAAAACAAAAAAUCCUGCACCACUCAAACCUUAUCUCAUCUCUCCUUCCUUCCACGGUUCCACUUCCACCACAGACCACUUCUCUCACACCCACCAAACAUCUCCUCCUCUCACCUUCUUCCUCUCACCAAACCACUUCUUCUCACACAUUCUUUCUCUUCGCCGAUCCUCAACGACGUCAACUGCACGCAGGUCAUGGCCACUAGACCACUUCUCCCCGGGCCGCGAAGGAGGCGAAGGAGACCGGGAGCCCCUGCGUUGCGAGGCUGCAGCGUGUUCCCGCGGACGUCGAGCCGACGUGGUUGGCGAUUCGAGGUGGACGCGAACGGCGGAGCGGAGGGCUGGGGUCGUCGUCGGGGUCGGAGGGUGGAGAUGCAGAGGUACGGCGCGACGCAGCGGUUACCGCGAUGGGAAGCAUGCGGAGGGCGAGGUGCAAGGACGGCGACGCGGCGGCAGAGGCGAGGUGGACGGGGACAGUGGUGCGGCAGCGGCGAGGUGGACAGUGGUGCGGCGGCGGCGAGGUGGACGAAGGGGUGUGAGUUUUGUUUUUAGAUCUAGGGUUUUGGGGAAGGUUAUGUGAGUGGAGGAGGAGAUAAUGGACAGAUUUUGGGAAAGUUAGGUGGGUCUCGGUUGGGGUCGGUUAAUCACCGUCGGUUACUCGGUCAACCGACUCCUUCCUUUUCCCAGCCGACCACCGACCGCCAAGGUAACCAGUUGAUUUUCGGUUAGCUUGUAACCGGCCGGUUUUCGGUUGUAACCGACGGUUACCCGCUAACCGGCAACCGAAAUGCCAGCCCUAGCAUUUUUCCCCCAAAUCCCACUAGUUGUGCUCUUCACCAUCUCCACGGUUUAUCUAUUCUCUAGAAAACAUAAACAAAAAAGAACGGCCACUUGCCCCCUUCCCAUUUAUCUUCCAUUCCUGAUUUGCUUGUUUCUCUCCCAGAAAACGAGAUAUCCCUAUCAGCUUUUGUCCAUCGAUUUUUCAAUCCCUCACUCUCCCUAUCCAAAUAUCACCAUCCAAAACCUUUUCCCAAACCUCCCAAAUCCCACCAAACCAUUCCCGCUUGCCACCAAACCCGAUCCUGGCGAGCCAACGGCAUCCCGUGCCGUUCACCGAUUCUCUCCAUCCAAACCCCAAAUGUCUCUCCAGCCGGCAGAUCUUGUUGGAAAUGUAUAUGAAUAGCUUUGAAAGCUAUAGAGUCUCUAGUGGAAAAACUACCACAUUGGUAGUUUUACUUGGUGAAAUGUGUAUAAAGAUAGGAGCCUCUCUCCCAAGGGCAUGCCCCUUGGGGUGACCCACUUUUGUGGGAGAGGGAGGACCUAACGGACCACCACACACGCGCGCGCGCGCCGUCAGUCCGUCCGGUCGGUCGGUCGGUUGGUUGGUUGGUUGGUUGGUUCACUUGAGACUAUAUAUAUUUUUUUGGAGAAAUUCCGAACGAAAUUAAUUAUCUAAUAAUUAAUUAUUAAUCUGUUAUUCUGAGGUAUAUUCCUAAGGAUAAUCGACUAAAAAAGAAUAUUCGAAGGAUAAUCCCUCCGAGUUUAUCUUAACCGACGUUUUAAUUAAGGAAGUAAUUAUCUUCCUUAAUUAAUCCGACUUAUUCCC